AUGCCUCUUCAAUUGUUUGGCAGGGAUCAGAUUGUUGUGCAUUAUGAUAACGUUAACAUGAGUAACGACGGCCAACACAAUCAGGGUGCGUUAGGAUCUUGGACUAGAAGGGCUGCGGCCGCAUUAAGAACCCUAAUGAAUAAGCGAAUACAACGGAUAACACUUACACAUUGGUUGCUGUUAGUAAUAUGGGUCUGCGGUUUGUGGAAAUAUACUAGUCAGUAUAGACAAUUAUACACUAAAUCUGCUAUUUUUGCUACUUUAUGCACGAACAUUCUCUUAUUUGGCAUAUCCGACAUACUUGCACAAGGUAUAGCCUGCUUUUACUCGUAUCACAUGGAUCCUAUACCGCAAGUACUCAACAACACCUUCCUUCAUGUUCGAAGAAAUCCUGAUGUGGAGAACGGCGGGGGUUAUGAAAGUGAUGAGCUAUCUAUUUUCAACGAUUUUGCCUCAGAACAUAGCUCCUACACAGAUGAUGAAGGCUAUCCUGAACUUGAUCGGACACAAAAUGCUUUUAAGACAGAUAUAUUUGACUUCUUCAGAUGGGGAUGUUUCAUGUUUUGGGGGUUUUUCAUAUCAUUUUUCCAAGCUCCUUGGUACAAGUUCUUGAAUUUCUUUUACACUGAGGAUCCUACAGUAGUACAGGUUUUUGAAAGAGUUCUUUCGGAUCAGCUCCUUUAUUCACCCGUAUCUCUUUACUGUUUUUUUAUGUUCUCAAACUAUGUGAUGGAAGGUGGUGAUAAAGAAUCUUUUGGCAAGAAAAUCCAAAGGCUAUAUAUAUCGACACUUGGUUGCAAUUAUCUAGUAUGGCCAAUGGUGCAAUUCAUCAAUUUUCUGGUUAUGCCUAAAGAUUUUCAAGCGCCAUUUAGCUCUUCUGUUGGCGUUGUGUGGAAUUGCUUUCUUUCGAUGAGAAAUGCUUCUAAAUAA